AAACUCCCAAUCCCAAAAUAUCAAGCAUAUCUGUGCAUGUGUUGAAUUAUUUAACAGGAAAAUCCAUCAGAGCAGAGCCCUUGGAAGUGCUAAAGAUUGGUAGUAUCCCCUGCCUGCCCAGGGAUGGAUGUUUACAGGAAUGCAGUUUGCCUUGUAAUGGGAUAUUGCAUGUAAGAGGCUAAAACUGAGCUUUACUUUGCAAAUACUAUCACAGCUGCCAACUGUGGGCAAGGUGGUAAUUGAGUAAAUGCCAUGGAGAGCGAAGUGAUAGACUAUCGUAUCAGUGUCAUUAAAAGUCCUCCAGAAUGGGAAAUUGGAAUCUAUAUUGCUGGUGCAUUAACACUACUUGGAGUAGCUGGGCUAUACCUAUGGAAACUCUAUAAAUCAGGAACUUACCCAUCACCUUCUCCUUUUCCUAACUACGACUAUCGAUAUCUCAAGCGCAAAUAUGGAACAUCUCACCCCAACGUUAACAAAAAGAAAACCACAGUCGUCAGUUCUAGAAAUAGCAUGACAAACCUCAAUGACAAUUAUGAGAGUAUCAGUGAAUUUGGACCCAUUGAAUUGAUUAACAGAGAUCUGGAAAUGACUCCCUAUGGAAUGUUAAGGAAAUCUGUCUCUACCGAUUCUCUCAGUUCUAUCUCAUCGAUUGGCAAUAAUUUUGGCCAAGAUUUCACAGUAGGACAGAUUGAAGUGACUAUGGAAUAUGACAUCAGUUCCAACAUCCUGCACGUUUCUUUAUUACAAGGGAAAGAUCUCCUGGACAAAAGAGAAGAGGGUAACUACGAAUCUUGCUUCGUGCAUAUCAGUCUGCUCCCAGAUGAACAAAUUGUUGGGAUUUCAAGGAUACAGAGAAAUGCAUAUUCGGUUUUAUUUGACGAGACGUUUUCCAUUCCUCUCGACCCACUGGCUCUGGAAGAAAACAGCCUGAGGUUCUCUAUUUUUGCAAUUGAUGGAGAUGAGAGAAACGUCAGCACUGGAGUAGCGGAACUGAAGUUAUCUGACUUGGAUUUGACUCUGCGUCCAUUUAAUACAUGGAUAUAUCUACAGGAUGUCAACAAGGCUGCGGACUCAGUAGGGGAAAUUCUAUUAUCUCUUAGUUACCUUCCGACCGCUGAACGCCUUACUGUCGUGGUGGUUAAAGGAAAAAACUUGAUAUGGACAGAAGGAAAGGUCACAGCAGAUCCGUUUGUAAAGGUUUAUCUGCUCCAAGAUGGGAGAAAGAUCAGUAAAAAAAAGACAGCCGUGAAGCGCGAUGACAGGAACCCUGUUUUUAAUGAAGCCAUGAUAUUCUCGGUUCCGGCUAUUGUACUGCAGGAGUUAUCUUUGAGGGUUACAGUAGCAGAAUGCUGUGAUGAUGGUAGGACGGAGAACAUUGGACACGUUAUUAUUGGUCCGGCUGCAACUGGAAUGGGCAUGACUCACUGGAACCAAAUGCUUGCGACUCUGAGGAAGCCGGUGUCCAUGUGGCACCAAGUCAGAAAGAAUUAGAGCACCUGUGUGGAGUUUGUUUUUCCAAAAUGCCAUUAACAGGAAAGGAAAAGAAGAUUGAGUAUUAACACACCCUAUUAAUGCUUAGCGCAUGGGCCACAACUCAGUCUUGAAGAGCAGUACUCCUCCUGGAGGUGUAUGAUUUAUAUCAAUUUUAUGUAUUAUUACAAACAAUUCCCACUGAGAAUCACUGAGCCUUGCGUUAUACAAUAUAUCACACGGAGAGCCUUGAGUAGUUAUGACCUUGGAGAAAUGGAGUGAGGAUUGAGACUCCUGUCUUAGCAGGUAUUGAUAAGGAUCAUGCACUAUUUUGUGUAUGCAUAUGUACAUUUAUAAAUAUAUAUAUUUUGCAUGGAGCUUAAACAUUCCUU